CAAGGUUGCGCGAUGGAUGAGUACAGCUUUUCGUCCUUUGAUGAGUUUGAGUCGACAGAGCUGCCAGUGCAAGCCGACGUGCCGCCUGUCUCGCCCAGCGCCUCGUCGAGUAUUCCGUCAGCUUCGAGCGGCGACGACGCCGUUGUCGUAGCAACCGAUGGCCAAGCCGGGCCCACGGACGAGCCGCUUGGCCACGAAAGCUACGUGGACGAUACUUUUGACCCAAAACCCGCCACCGAUGAUCCGGGCCUGGGCUAUUCGGACGAUGGCUUUGAAGCGAGUCGCGAGAGCCCGAGCAGAGAUAGACCGAGCGACGAGCCACCGCUCCAUGCCGACGACGUGGGUUACUCAAACGACGCCUUCGAGUCCAGUGUCGAGAGCCCGUGGAGAGAAGGCGAUAACUACGAGGCGCCAGACGCACCGGGAAGCGAAGCACCUCUUGGUGUCGACGACGAGGAUACCCAGCCGCAGCAAGUGGAGGACGGUGGCGCCGACGAUCGUGGUCUAGUGACGCACGACGACGACACGCAUCGAAUGCAAUGGGACUGUGGAGACAAGGACGAUACGUCGGUGGAUGCGAAAGACGACUACGAAAUCCAUCUGAAGGACAAGUGUCCGGACGAGGUACCUCGGCUGCAAACGCUACGUGACGAAGCCGCGCUGGACGAUGCAAGUGCCGUCCGACCGGCGACCAGCGACACGUCGGAAAUGUCGCCACCGCCGCCGAUGCCCCCUCGCGCGCCCAUGGAUGCAGGCAUUGAUGCGUUCUACUAUGAUGUAUGUCGAUCGUCCAUGUGCUGUUGCGGCGGCACGAACGCGGCGCCAGUGACGCGCACUGUGGACGACGCCUCCGGGCUCUUGAUCGAGCUCGUCCUUUCGCUGCUUCGGGAGCAGUGUCGAAGCAUCUUGCAAGAGCCGAUAGCGGGCGCCCUGCCUGCGCGUGUGAGCGUCCCGACACAAACCACGCGACUGCAUCCCGACACGGCGACUGUCGACCUCAUCAACACCAAGUACAUUGCCUUCAUGCAGCAUCUUUCGCAGCGAGGCCGUGCGCUGCAAGCCAAGGGGCUAGGAGCGCGCGAGGAUAUCGUCGAGCGCCACUUGCAUGAGACGAUGUGUCAAUUGUUCGCCAACCCCAAGAUGAUCCUUGUCGUGCGUGAUAUUAUGCUGCAAAAGCUCCAGGAACAUGCAUAAUGUGUGAGAGCGUCGCCAAGGACGAGACUCGCAGUGUGACAUUGAAUGGAAGGAUGUUGCGUG